GACAUCUUCACCAACGCCCGCCCUCAAUGGCUCCCCCCAGGCGCGCGCGGCAUCUUCGGCGGCGCAGUAAUCGCCCAGUCCCUCGCCGCCGCCCAACGCACGGUCCCCACCGACUCCUCCUCGUCCGAGGGCGUCUUCCUCGUGCACUCCUGCCACUGCUACUUCCUCCUGGCAGGCGACGCGGCCAUCCCGCUCCUCUUCCACGUCGAGCGGGUCCGCGACGGCCGCUCCUUCGCCACGCGCACCGUCCAGGCCCGGCAGAAGGGCCGGUGCGUCUUCACCGCCACCAUCAGCUUCGUGCGCGAGGGCGCCGGCGGGCGGAAGCUCGUGACGCACGCGCCGGCGCUGCCGCCGGGUGUGGUCCCGCCGGGGGCUGGGCAGGGGCAGGACGCCGCGGAUGCGGGGGAGCCGGUGUGGGGGGAGUCGGGGCCUUUCGAGACGACGGGGACGGAGGUGGUGUGGCCCGAGGAGGAGGACGGGACGGCGGGGAAGAAGGAGGACCAGGUCCGUUGUCGCAGCUGGGUACGCGCCCGGGGGAAGGUGAGCGAGGCGGGGGGGCUCGCGGCGCAUCUUAAUGCGCUGGCUUACGUCUCUGACGCGGGGUUCAUUGGCACCGUUGCGAGGGUGCAUCGGCUGAUGCCCCGGUUGAAGGCGACGCGGGAUGGGGAUGGGGAAGGUAAGGAGGGCCACCCUGUGUUGGGCAUGAUGGUCAGUUUGGACCACUCCAUCUACUUCCACGCGCCGCGGAGGGUGAAGGUGGACGAGUGGAUGUUUUCCGAGAUGGAGACGCCUUGGGCGGGGGAUGGCCGGGGAUUGGUGACGAGGCGCAUCUUCGCGGCGGAUGGGACUUUAUUGGCGACUUGUGUUCAGGAGGGCGUCGUGAGGCUGCAGCAGGACAAGCAAAGCGGGAAUGCCAAGCUGUAGGCUAAGCGUUAGAAGCUACUGUAUCAAAUGGAGGGGAAUGGGCUGCGCAUCUGAAGCUAGAGAUAGAGGACGGGGGCACUAGAGGUUUUCCAUGUAAGGUAGACACCGCUGCAAACCUGCGGGUCGCUCAAAGCUGGCAAUGAAGAUUACCCAUGUCGGAUAAAACCCGGCAUUCUAUCCGGCC